UCAAAAGAACCCUUAAAAGGAAAUUGCAACAUGUGCUGAAGUCUCCACAAAAGAGGAAGUCAAAGCUGGAGAGGACAUAUCUGAGCUGAGGAAGAUGUUUCUACAGGAUUUCAUGUGACCUGAGGAAGCUGUUGGACGAGAGUAACAUCUGCCAUGGGCCAGCGUGCAACACUGGGAAGCCUUCUGUUUCUCUUCGGGCUGUUUGGGAUCUGUACAGGAUUUGAACAAGAGAACUGUACCAACUACAACCUCCAGUUUGAGAGGGUGUACUCUGUUCCCGGGGAUGUGGCUAUGCUGACCAGCAGUCUGGUGUCUUCAGAAGUCUUCAACUUUGAAACCGUCCCCUACAACUUCACCUGGUACGACUCAAAGACAGGUCAAGAAAUAAGUAACGAGACCAGUCGAAUCCUGGCGCAUGGGGAGACUCUGUGGUUCCUUAACAUAACGCUGGAUGAAGAUGGAGAAUAUGUGAGCAUACUGAGAACUCCCUCUUGGUGCUACAGGCAGGCCACCAGGCUGGUCGUGGAGCGGCCUGUUGCUGGAGAAUGUGGCAGGCCAAGGAAAGCUUAUCAAACACUUACAAAUGGAGUCGCCGACACUCUGUCCUGCCCUCUGAAGGAGUACAUCGAUAAACUGGACAGCUACAACAUCACUUCCUCCUUGGAGUGGUACAGAGGUUGUGACCCCAUCGUUGAUGGGAAUGACAGGUAUACCUACCUGCCUGAUGGCAAACUGAACAUUGGCCUGGUAGAAAGCACAAACAACUUCUACACCUGUACUCUGACCUUCAGUCUCGGCGGCAGGAUAGGAUCUGUGUCUGAGACUAUUGAAGCAUUUGUCUCAAGGAAGUACUCUAUGACUCCACGAGUGAACCAACCGGCCAAUGAAAUAAUCAAGGAACAGAUGGGGUCCAAUUUCUACAAGCUGUGCCGGGUGUUUGUGCCGUGUGUCGGGAAGCCUUCGGUUGACAUUGUUUGGCUGGUCAGAGACGAGUUCAUUUUGAAUACCGACCCCGCUGACCGCGUCUACACUUCAGAACAACGCAAAGAGGCCCAGAAAGUUCCUGAGGAAGGUGUAUGGCUUGAGCGAGUGCUGACGAUUUCUGAGCUGAGGGAGGAGGAUUUCCACAUCAACUACACGUGUCGAGCGUACAGCGCAAGGGGCUUCCCUGAGAGCUAUUUUACUCUUCUCCCAGCAGAUCCCAAUGACAUACUUCCCAUUGGCUCCGUGCUCGGUGGUGUGACGGUUCUCUUCAUCGUCAGUGUUUCCAUCUACUACCUUUUUAAGGUUGACAUUGUGCUCUGGUUUAGGAGUAUGUUUCCAAUCCUCUAUACAAAUACAGACUUGGAUGGGAAGUUGUAUGAUGCCUAUGUGGCAUACGCACAGCCCCGUGCCGUCGGAUUCAGCGCUGAAGUGGAGGCGUUUGUCCUUCACACUCUACCCCAAGUGUUGGAAAAGGCCUGCGGCUACAAACUCUUCAUAGCAGGCCGUGACUGCAUGCCCGGGAUGGCCGUAGUGGACUCAGUGGAAGAGAAUAUACAAGCCAGUCGCCGCCUCCUUCUGCUCUACACCGCCACCACUUUCAUCAGCAAGAGACACAAAAGCAGCAUUAGCAAUAACAACAACAACAUCAGUAAGAGCAGUGACAGCAGAGAUAACAGCGAAAGCAAGACCAGCGACCGCAGCAGCAACAUGAGUUUUGAUGGAAGUGAAGAAGUCUAUCCAGACUCAAGACAGCAGUUGGAGUGUCUGGAAGCAAUGCACAGAACCCUGCUGGAGGAAUCUCUAAAGGUGAUUCUGGUUGAGAUGGAAGAGAUCACCCCGGCUCAGCUGGCUCUCUUCCCAGAGUCAAUGCGUCACCUGAGGAACAAGCAGGGCGCCGUGUGUUGGUGGAAGAACCCAAGCAUGAAGCAAAGGUGGAGGACAUGUAUGAGGACCAAAGAGGACGAGGAGAAAGGUGGACAGGACACGCAGCCGUCGGCGUCCAUCUCCCCUUCCUCCAGGUUCUGGAAGGAGAUGAGAUAUAGUAUGCCGGUGAGGGGCAAGAGGGCUUUGUACCCCGAGAAGACUGCCCUGCUGAACUUAUGAUGAGGUCAUGGACCCCAGAGUAGCUGGUCUUCAAUGUAAAUGUGUACGGUAGUGAAUCCCCUCACACACGGAAAAUUCAGAAAUACUGUGUUGUCACCAGAAGCUGUGAGGUAUACACUCCGUGGUCGAGGUUACAGCACAGGUGAACCAACGCUCACAAGUCGUGUUUCCACCACAAGGUCCGGCUCUGCUCACUUUUGGUUUAAACAUUACGGUUUGCUAUUUAAAAACACCAGGUGUGAGCGGAAUAUCCCGUCACACCGCGCUGGUGACUAUUCUCUCUGACUCUCUGAGUGGUCGGCUCAGCUCGCUUGGUACCUCUGCACAUGUGGUACUAAAAUAAAAAGGUACAAGGUACUACGCGCAGCUUUUCUUAAUAAAAAAAAAGAGCGAGUCAAAUUGAGCAGAGCCAUGUCGUAUGACGGAGGAAGCUAAUAAUAAUAAUAAUAAUAAUAAUAAUAAUGAUGAGUGCACCAUGUACAGCAAAUACAGAGAGAAGGGUAUCUGAUCAAGAAGAGGAGGAAGAUGCUUUGCAAAGACUCACAUUUCAUGUACAGAUCAUCAGUUUGCCUGCAUCAGUAUAUGAACUGUUGACAUUCCCUGGCAGGUGGAGAAAUAUGGAGAAAAUGUACAUAUGAUAAAAAGUGUAAAUAUGUUUUUUUUAUAAUAAUUCUACAGUUUCAUAAGGUCGAGCCGCAAACUGUGAGCAUUAACUGUAUUUACAUUUAUUUAUUGUUCUUGAAUUACAGAUAAGCAACUUUAAUGAGCAACUGUCACGAUCUGUUUCCUGUUUUAUUUUGAAAUGUUCAUUCCCCCUUGUGUCAUGUCUAGUUGUACUUCCUGUCUGUGUGUUUUCCCUCCUUUCCUGUCGUGCUUCCCUGUCGUGCUUCCUGUCGUGCUUCCCUGUCGUGCUUCCUGUCGUGCUUCCUGUCGUGCUUCCCUGUCGUGCUUCCCUGUCGUGCUUCCCUGUCGUGCUUCCCUGUCGUGCUUCCCUGUCGUGCUUCCCUGUCGUGCUUCCCUGUCGUGCUUCCCUGUGUCUACUUGUGGUUCGGUUUGUGUUUCUUCAGUUUUAUUUGUUACUUUGUAUUUUCUGAUUCAGCUUUGUUUAUUAGAGGUUCACUUUUUGUUAUAUCUUAGUCUGUCUGCAUUUGGGUCCUCUCCUGUCCUGAAACCUGACAGAACAAUCCGACCAUGUAUGGACCCAGCAGUGACCUUGAACGAAGAGAUUUAUGAUCUCUCAUAAACAUUACUGUGUAUUUAUGGGGAGUGGAGGAGGGCUUCCUGUUGGGAGGUUCAACUGGCGCACAAGGAGAUGGCUGACAGACCCGGGCUAAGGAGUUUUUUGCCUGAGUGGCUCCAGGACCUUUUAAACUCUGCUCCUGCGCUGCGGCAAUUCUCCGUUCCUUGUGUCUUUGUCUUUCUUACCCAGCUGUGUCUUGUUCCCUCGUUUGGUGCAUCUAUCCCUGUCUGCCCCAGUGUGCCUUGCCGGAUUGUCUUUCAUAUUAUGUGCCUGUUUCCUGCCGUGCUUCCCUAUGUCUCCUUGUGGUUCGGUUUGUAUUUCUUCAGUUUUAUUUGUUACUUUGUAUUUUCUGAUCGCUUUUUGUUAUAAUCUUAGUCUGUUGUCUGCAUUUGGGUCCUCUCCUGUCCUGAACCCUGACAGCAACAGCCAAGGGAGGAAAAUAAAAAUGCAUUUAUUUUUAUUAAAUGUUAUUUAUAAAAAAAGGGACAUUUCACGCAAUGUUUAAAUGUUCUUAGCAGAAUGCAAAAACUUCCAUAUGAGAUUUUCCUGUUGACUAUUUUGGCAAAUAAAUGGGAAAUUUGCAAAGGAAAACAUGUGGAAGGCUUUUUCCAUUUUAAUGUUUGUCCUUCAUCAUAAACAUUAUUUUGCAUGUUUUUUUAUAAAUAUACCUUACAUGUGAUACUUUCAACUUCAACCCUUUCACAGUGUGUUUUAUGUUCAUUAAAAGUUAACUAACGUUU